AUGGCGGAUCCAGCACCGGCGGAAGCCGGCCCGCUCGAAGCAGACAAUGGAGAGGAGAACGACAAUACCAAUGAUGACAGCGACUCAGCCAUGGGAGUGUCUGUGCUCGGGUCAUCUGCAUCCAUGACAAGCAGUAUCAUGCGUUACCGCGAAGAAAAUGGAAGAACAUACCACGCAUAUCGAGAGGGCAGAUAUGUUUUGCCGAAUGACGCGGUCGAAAACGACAGGCUUGAUCUUCAACAUCAUUUAUACACACUUACCUUUGAUGGAAAGCUGUUUGUAUCGCCGGCUGGCCGAGACAAGCCUUUAAAAAGAGUACUAGAUGCUGGAACCGGAACCGGAAUUUGGGCAAUGGACUUUGCCGACGAUCAUCAAGAGACACUAAUAACCGGUGUCGAUCUCAGCCCAAUACAACCGCCAUUUGUACCUCCCAACGUGACAUUCUACAUCGACGACCUAGAAGAUGACUGGACAUACUCCUACAAGUUCGACUUCGUCUUUGGCCGAAUGCUCACAGGUUCCAUAGCAGACUGGCCAAGGUUUAUCCGCCAAAGCUAUGAAUACCUCGAACCCGGAGGCUGGAUAGAGUUGUCCGACAUCCUCUUGGAUCUUCAAAGCGACGACGGAACAGUUAGCCCCGAAUGCGCAACCCAAAAGUGGGCAAUGCACAUGCUUGAAGCGGCAGCGAUAUGGAAACGACCACUCGACAGCUGCAAAUUCUACAAGGAGCAGCUCGCCGAAGCGGGGUUCACCAAUAUUGAGGAAAAGAUUUACAAGUGGCCGUCGAACCCCUGGCCAAAGGAUCCAAAAUACAAAGAGCUAGGCGUGUGGACGUACGAAAACCUAGGAAAUGGCUUGUCGGGGCUUAGCUUGGCGCUUUUUACUAGGGCGCUGGGUUGGUCGGCGGAGCAGCUUGAGGUGUUCCUGGUGGAUGCUAGGAAAGACAUGAGAGACAGGUCUAUACAUGGAUGGUGGCCAGUAUAUGUGGUUUACGCACAAAAGCCGGAAUGA